UCAGUAGUAAACUGGUGUCGGUGGCUGCCUGUCUGAGGGGUAAUUGCAGUCCGGGAACACUCUGCUGUGUUUUUAGUUUGUAGUCCAGAGAGCUGCAUUUAUAACUCAGCUGUUGUUUUGCGUUGUGUUUGCUAUUUGUGUUGUCAGACGUUUUGUUAGGACACUCAUUAAUUGAAAGUUUCAACUAAGAAAGCAGUGUUUUAAAACUGAGUUUAGUUAAUUUAUUAUAAUACAAAUCACUAUUAAAUGUGAAGCUUUUUUGGCUAACAUUAAUUAAGAAAAUAAAUUUACUCAUUUUGUAAUUUGUUAAAUUUGAGCAAAGAAAGAUAAACCAAUUUCUUAGUUAAUAAAAUGACAAAAAAAAGGAUGGCUUUAGGCAGAAAAAUAGAGUGAGCAGUCAUUUAAUCCUAAUCAUCUAACCUGUUUUUUUCCUUUCAGUUAAAUCUAACUCGCUGUAAAAUUACUUGAAAGCAUGUGCGGUCUACUCUACCCACUUUUUUCCCCUCCUGUCGGCUGGAGUAGAGGAGACUAAUUUAGAAGUUGCAGAUUUGAGCUGCCUGAAUUGGCUAGACAGCUGUAAUCGCACUCCCUCCUAGUCUUAAUCUCUUUAUCUGGCUAGCAGCUGCCAUAUGGCCCCCGUCAGCUGGAUCAGAUGUGGGUAAGCCUCCCUCCCCGGCCCGUCCCAGCCUCUCCCUCACCCUCUCCCUCCCUGCCCUUCCGUGUCUCUCGUUCUCAGACCCCUGCCUGAGCCGGCUGGCCGAUACUGGCCGGGCCGGGCCUGGCUGGGUGGGUCUGGGUGACGGGCUGCUGCCCUCCUGAGCCUCUGCUGCCGCCGCCGCCGCCGCCGGCUCCCUCCCCACCGCCACGUCUUUAUUUUUAGCCAUCUUUAAGGAUUAGGAUUGAUGCUGUGACGAGCAGGGCACUUACAGUGAUUGUAUUGUAAAUCUUCUCUUCUGGGUGGUGGUGGUGGUAGUGGUGGGGGGAGUUGAGGAAAAGGGCAGUUUCUACUAUGGGGCGGAUGUGCGGGGUUUUUUCCUUGUAAGAUUCAGAUGGGAAGGAGUAUGUGAGUGACGGAUGGUGUAUGUGUGUGUGUGUGUGGAAGGAGGAGGAGGUGGGAGAGGGGUUUGGCUGGACAGAGCAGGGGGGGUGGGGGUGUGGAGAGGUGGGAGGUGGUACACCCUUGUCCCCGUAAGCCCCCUCAUUAAAAGCAGUCUGAACGAGCCGUAGGGCGAGCACACACACAUACACAACACGCAGACACACACACACACACACACGCAGUCUCACACACACACACACUGACAUUCUUGGUUUAGCUUCAUUCAAAUGAGGUGAUUUAACUGCUUUGGUUAACACAGUGCAGAGCGGGACCAAUGUAUUUUCUCAGGCAGGACAAGUCGACUUGGUUAACAGGUUAUGAGGACGGCAGGAUGGAGUUCCCAGACCACAGCAGACAUUUACUCCAGUGUCUGAGCGAGCAGCGGCACCAGGGCUUCCUGUGUGACUCCACGGUGCUGGUGGGCGAUGCCCAGUUCCGUGCGCACCGUGCUGUGUUGGCCUCCUGCAGCAUGUACUUUCACCUCUUCUACAAGGACCAGCUGGACAAGAGAGAUGUGGUGCAUCUCAACAGCGACAUUGUCACAGCUCCGGCCUUUUCCCUUCUCCUGGAGUUCAUGUAUGAGGGCAAACUGCAGUUCCAGGACCUUCCCGUAGAGGAUGUGCUGGCAGCGGCCAGCUACUUGCACAUGUAUGACAUUGUCAAGGUGUGUAAGAAACGUUUGAAGCAGAAGGCCACGGCGGAGGCAGACAGCACGCGCAGAGAGGAUGAUGGUGGGUCUAGCUGCUCUGAUAAGGCCGACAGCCUAUCAGAUGGCUCCACCGGCCGGCCUGCUACUGCUGACCUGCUGCACAGCGAUGAAGAGGAGGAGGGGAAGGCUGAGGGUGGACCGCUGUGGCUGAGGCUGCCGCCUGCAGACAGACCAGGGACGCCAGCCAUGGCUACAACCAGCCCAGGUCACGGUGAGGCGGAGACGCAGGGUGGGGAAGGGCUUGGGGAGGGAGGGAAGCUUCUCUCCCCAGCCGGCAGCCCGACCAGCUCCUCUGGAUCCCUCUCUCAGAGGUCCCACCACUCUGUGAGCUCUCGUGGAGGGCACAGGGGCAGGAGGGUGUCAAAUGAUGCGGCUGACUGUGUCCUGGACCUGUCGGUCAAGCCGAUCGCAGGUAGCAACCACAGUAACCACCAUCAGUCCUAUUUCAGCGGGGCAGCUACACCAGACAGCCUCCAGAGCCCAUUGGCUGUGAGGGUGAAGGUGGAGAGGGGUGUGGCUUCAGACGAGGAAGAGGAAAUGGGAGGUGGGGACUAUGACAUGGAGCACAGUGGCAUCACCAAGGCGACGGUUCCCAGCGCCAACGGGGGUCUGACCCACCACGGGGUCGGAGGGCCUCUGUCAGCCCAGCGGCGCCUCGGCCUGGAAGCGCACCUGUCCGCUCUGCGAGAGGCCUCCUUGGCCUCUGAGCUGGAGCGGGAGGAGAAGCCUCCAGCCACGGCAGAUGAUGAGGACAUACUGGGGGGUGAAAACGAGCGCGCCCAGGCCGAGGCAGCCAGCAUGGAUAGUUCCCUGCUGCCCUACGUCUCCAACAUGCUGUCAGCUCAACACACCCAGAUCUUCAUGUGCCCGCUGUGUAACAAGGUUUUCCCCUCUCCUCACAUCCUCCAGCUUCACCUCAGCUCCCACUUCAGGGAGCAGGAGGGCAUCCGCUCCAAGCCCGCCGGAGACGUCAACGUGCCCACCUGCACCAUCUGCAGCAAGACCUUCUCCUGCAUGUACACGCUGAAGCGCCAUGAGCGGACACACUCUGGUGAGAAACCCUACACCUGCACCACCUGCGGCAAGAGCUUCCAGUACUCACACAACCUCAGCCGCCACGCAGUGGUGCACACACGCGAGAAGCCGCACGCUUGCAAGUGGUGCGAACGGCGCUUCACGCAGUCUGGGGACCUCUACCGACACAUCCGCAAGUUCCAUUGUGAACUGGUCAACUCGCUGUCAGUGAAGAGCGAACCGCUGGCACUGCCCAAUGUCAGGGAUUGGGCGAUUGAGGACAGCUCCCAGGAACUGUGGAAGUAGAAACAGAACUGCUGGGUUUGAUAAAGGGAAAGAAAGUGGAGAGCGAAAGAAAGGCAGAGAGGCAUGGGGAGGUGAAGGGAGGUGGCAAAGUUUGCUAUUUGGGGUUUAAGUGAAUCAUGUUCUUGUGUGUCGCAAAAUCUCAUUCAAUUGCACUUUAAUAGCACAUGAAAAUGUUACUACUGAGUUCUUUUUUGUUGUUGUUGCUGUUUGGGGUAAUUUUUUUGUUUUAAUCUAUUUUAUUCUGAACUCUUAUUUUUAUUUGGCGUAAGUUCUGUUUGGUGGUUUUCAUUGCGUCUAAGGACAUGGGUCCCAGUGAGAAUGUCUCGCCUUUUUGUUUUUGAAGAGUUUUCACUCUGUUUGUGUUUCAUCUCAGACACAACACUCCGACGCUGGCCAGCGUAUUUAAUCGGUCCCGGUCCCACAGACAGCAAACGCCACUGCAGGAGUUCAGGUCGAACACACUGAAGUGAAAAAAAAAAAAGCAUUACAAUACACUAAACGGGUACUGUGAUCACCACGAGUCGAUACCACCGCACACGCAGUUUGAAGAAGUGUGUGUGUGUGUAUGUGCGCGCGCGUGUGUGUGUGCAAUACUGCACUACUCUGGCAAAAAUUUCACCUGACGUGCGUGAGUGUGAAUGAGUGUGUUUUGCGUGUAUUAAUUUUAUUUUCUGCUGGCAUGGAGGUGUCGUUGGCGAAGCGCUCCCCGCUUCUCUUGUUAAGCUCUUUGGUGUUGUAUGUUCAGGGGAAAGCUGACUGACUGACAGACAAACUGAUGGCACUCAUGCAAUGCACAGCCUCCUUUUUUCACUUCCAGUCAAUUUGAAGUAUUUUCUAAAAAUGAAAAGACCUUUACAAAUUAUUAUAAUAAUUAUUAUUAUUGUUAUUAAUAGAAUUUUUUCUUAAAUCUAGCUGGCAGUCUUUAAAACAUCUCUUGUUGAAAAGGUAUUUAAUUUAAGGUUGUUGUAUAUUGUUCUGCUAUAGUUUUAAAACUUUAAUCCUUUACCUUUUUUUUAAAUUAAUGAUUAUUAUUAUUAUUAUUAUUUUGUUACUUUUUUGUAAUGGGACCUGCUGUUGUUGCAUGACGUCCAAACCUGUAUAUUUUAAAAUAAAAAUGUGAAUUUGCUGUAUUACUGUACACAUUGUAAUUGAUCAAAUAUUUGACAACGGGCUUUCCUUUUUUCUUUUCUUUGUGAAUACUUCUCCAGGGUGCGGUCUGUUGAAAAACUGAAUAUUAUUCUCGCGACUAUGGAAAAAAAUGCAUGAAAAUUUGAUUUUGUCUUAAACCUUUAAGUUGUGGUUUUCAGGGGGGAAAUGUUUGAACGUUACACUUUUGACAGUGAAAAGUUGGCGUUUUUUUUUUUUUUUCCCCCUACUCAUCGUAGGUCUGUCGCUGGGCUCCCUAGAAGAAGAAUGUUACCUGAAUGUGUUUCCAUCGGACGUUGAAGCGAUACGAUGAAGCAUUUGAAGCCUGUGUCUAUAUGCACUGAUCUCUCUGCUGCGUGUGUGUGUGUGUGUGUGUGUGUGUGUGUGUGUGUUUAUGAACAUGUGACUUGGUUAUUACCAGUCAAUUUAACCUACGUCCACCCAGCACUUCUCCUCCUCCUCCUCAGGCGUUAACAUUUCUCCACUGCUGCGUGUUGUUGUUUCCCCAUCUCUCGCAUCUCCGUCCUCUCCAGCCCUCAGACGCAUGGUCAAGCCAUUUCUUAAUUAUUUCUGCUCACUGGGCGCUUACUUCAGGUCUGUCGAGCGCAGUUUUGUGGCUCUGACUUCGCUAAAGUGUGAAGGAUACAGAGAAGAGACAGGAAGGAGAGAGAGAGAGGGAGAGAGGCUGAAACUGAGCUGUCCUGCUGAAAGUUGAAGGGUCAGAUAUCUUUGUCACACUGUUGCAUCGUGUUGAGCUGAGCUGAGCGGGGCCGUGCUGAUUCAGUACAGUAACCCGGCCCAGCCCGAUGCAGUGCAUCUCUCAUUAGAUGCAGUGUCGUGAAUGCGAUGCGGUGUGUGUGUGUGUGUGUGUGUGUGUGUGUUUGGUUUCCACUUAAAACGUAAUCCUUACUCGGAGAUAGAUGGGAGAGAAUUGGCAUGCCUGAAUGCACCUUUUUAAGCUAAAAGACAUGACAGAUUUUUGCUGAAAAGAUGCCUUUAUUAACAAAACAUUUCUGACACUAUGGAAGUAUUUGAUACUGUAGAGCAUUGAGAAAUAGUUGUUUAAAAACGUAUAAAUUCAAGGAAUUUAUUGAAUUUAUCAGAAAAUGAUGUCUUAUUAUAUUUUGCUCAUGUGAUUGGAAAACUUUUUUUUUUUUUGGUAUGUGAAUGUUUGGGUUUGGGUUUGGGGCUACAUCAGUUUAAUAUUUUUUUAACCUCUGUAUCACAAAUUUUUUUUGUUGUGAUUUUCAAAAUAAUGGUCAAGCGUUUAUACAAUCCAAAAAUUUGAAACAGAUACUGGGAAGUGAAGGCUCCACAUUUCUCCUCACUGAGACAUGUAUGCGUGCAUGUGUGUGUGUUUUGCGUGCGUACAAAUGUAUGUGUGUGCAUGCUCCUCCACUGAUGUGCAUGUGUUGGGUGGGGUGGUCGUAUGUGCCGCCCCAUCAUCUGGUGGCACCUACAGGCUUUGCCAGUGCAACAGUGUGGGUGACAUUGCGGCAGUUUGCACCGCAUCGUCUCUUUUUUUCUUUUUUUUUUUCCCUGAAACGUUAUUUCUUCACUGGCAGCAUCUCUGCAUAUGGGCUCACUCCAUCCUGCUGUUGUUUUCAUCAUUACUGCUGUUUUUUUUUUUGUUCCGUUCUGUUCCUCUGGUUGUACUUGACCGCCUUAAACUGCUGUAGUCCGGGCUGUUUUUAUUUUCGAAUUCUUAUUAUUUUAAUUUUGAUUUUUUAAUGUGUAAGUGUAGGGUGGAGUUGUGGGAGUGAUGUCAACUGCUCACGACGCUGUGAAGAAACCACCCUGACGAGACAUCUCCAUGUUUUUUGCUGUGCUUACUUGAAAAAUAAAAGGGGAGGGGGAGGGGCUUUUUUUUUUAAAGCAAGGUAUAAAAAUAAAAAUGUUCAAAUGUCAUAGACAGUUUAUGGAAUGAUGACAGAUGGGGGAAGGGGUGGGGGUGGGAGGGAGGGCGUGAAAUGACUGAGUCUGUUUUGAAAAAGGACAAUCACUGUCUGGGAAAAAAAAAUAAAACAAGCAGAUUUCAAUUGAGAUAUAUUUGCUCCCUCUUGAGAUUAAAAAAAAAUUCUUUGCUUUUUCUUCUACGUUCCUUUUUUCAGAUUUAGUCAUUUUUAGCUUUGACAAUCAUAGUUGGGUUGAUUUUUUUUUGUUUUGUUUUGUUUGUUUUUCUCAAGGGGAGUAAAUUCUAAUUGUGUUUAGUUUUGUAAUUUUUUGGUGUGCUGUUGUUGACAUUUUUAAAUUGUGUGCAAACUGCAAUAAAUUAUAAGAAUCUUGAAAUUCAAA